GUGACGUCAUCAUUCCAAACAGAGCGAGGAGGGGGAGACACUCAAGCAGGAAGCAUCGCCCUUUUCUCCUCCUUUUCGGCCAUGGACUCGGACGAGGAGUACCUUUACGACUGUGACAGCGGGAACGAGUCGAGCGGGGACGACGUGGGGCUUGACUUUGAGAUCGAGGGCGAGGGUGAAGGAGGAGGAGGAGGGAGGUACAGGGACACCGAGGAGUACCCUUACGAGGUGCUCUCCACGGAGGACAUUACCAGGCACAUGAUUGACUGCAUUAAGGAGGUCAACAGUGUGGUCAACAUACCUGUAACAACGCAAGUGCCGGUCAGAACCAGUAACGGAAUGGAAGAAUGUGAAAUCUGCUUCCUAAACAUGCCCUCAGCUAUGAUGACGGGCAUAGAGUGUGGCCACCGGUUUUGUACCAACUGCUGGACCGAGUACCUCACCACAAAGAUCAUCGACGAGGGCAUGGGCCAGACCAUCUCCUGCGCUGCCCACUCCUGCUCCAUCCUUGUUGACGACCACACCGUCAUGAGGUUAAUCGUUGAUGCCAAGGUUAAGCUUAAGUACCAGCACCUCAUCACCAAAAGCUUUGUGGAGUGCAACAGACUGCUGCGCUGGUGUCCCUACCCAGACUGUAACUAUGCAAUCAAGGUGCAGUACCCAGACGCGCGGCCGGUCAUGUGCAAGUGCCGCAAUGUCUUCUGCUUCAACUGCGGCGAGAACUGGCACGACCCCGUCAAGUGCCACCUCCUACGGCGCUGGAUCAAGAAGUGUGACGACGACUCCGAGACCUCCAACUGGAUUGCUGCCAACACCAAGGAGUGUCCAAAGUGUAAAGUGACGAUUGAGAAGGAUGGCGGCUGUAACCACAUGGUGUGCAAGAACCAGAGUUGUAAAGCCGACUUCUGCUGGGUGUGUUUAGGACCGUGGGAGCCUCAUGGAUCUUCUUGGUAUGCCUGUAACCGUUACGACGAGGACGAGGCAAAGCAGGCACGGGACGCCCAAGAGAAGUCCCGGGCUGCUCUGCAACGCUACCUCUUCUACUGCAACCGCUACAUGAACCACAUGCAGUCCCUCAAGUUUGAGCACAAGCUGUACGCCUCAGUCAAGGAGAAGAUGGAGGAGAUGCAGCAACACAACAUGUCCUGGAUAGAGGUUCAGUUCCUCAAGAAGGCAGUGGACAUCCUGUGUGAGUGCCGACAGACCCUCAUGUUCACCUACGUCUUUGCCUACUACCUGAGGAAGAACAACCAGUCCGUAAUAUUCGAGGACAACCAGAAGGACGUUGAGAGUGCCACAGAGACCCUCAGUGAGUACCUCGAGAGGGACAUCACGCAGGAGAACUUGGCAGACAUCAAGCAGAAGGUCCAAGACAAGUACAGAUACUGUGAUCAGCGGCGGAGAAAGCUGCUUGAACAUGUGCAUGAGGGUUACGAGAAGGACUGGUGGGAGUACUCGGAGCCCUAGUAGGGACACGGCCUUCCCUCAUGCCGGUGCAGCAGCGGCGUCCUGUCUGCCACUCCCUAGUCCUGCGCUGGGGCCUCGGUGUGCGUUUGUGUGUGUGGUGGCAGGUGAAGGUGAGCGUGCCUCCCGUGCGAGUGCCCUGUACAUCCAGACACUCCCUUCCUCCUCCUCCCUCUCCUCCUCCUCCUUCUCCUCCAGAGUCACCGUAUCAACUGGGGCCCACCAUUGGUCUUCACAGCUACUGUUUUAAGUGCUCUCCCCCGAGGAACGAUACCCCCCAUUAGGAACUCUUAGUAAUUAUUCAUAGACGAGAAAGUUAUUGAGAGUGAUUGAGGUUUUAGAGAAGAGGCUCUGAGAGUACUACUAGUUGUUCCUAACAUUCCUCACACGUCAGUAACCCAGAGUCAGGUGUGGAGUGUGUUGUUCUUCUUAUUAUUUGUAUGCUUGUAUAUUGGAGUGUUUACAGUGUUUGUGUUGGCCGCCCGCCCAUGAUGGGCUGUCUGCCACUCAGGCCUGGCCUUUGUAUUGGUUAUGGCAAAUUAUAUGUAUUUGUUUUGAGUACUCCUGGCAUAUGAGUGUUGUGCCAGCACACCCGUAGUUCUGUUUGGUACUCAUAUUUUGACAAGUUUGGCAGCAUUAUGUUUACCACACUUUCAAGUCCUUUUUUUCACUACUAUUAUUAUCCCCAUAAACUCAGGUUCAUGUACAGACAGAACUGCAUGUUCAAAAUUCUUACUAAUCACCUUUUCUAAUCCUGAUAAGGUAGAUUGAGAAACAGCCCAUCUCGUAUUCAGUCCAGCCAGGAAUCAGAAACACCUCCAGUUAAAUUUACGGCCAUCAGUGCAGCUGGUAUGAUUGUUUAUUAGGUCAUAUUUAUUUCCUGCUUUGAGGAAUGAAAAGGGAAUACUGAAAUAUUAUUAUUUGAGAAGAGCACAGAAUUUUAGCAUGUCUGUUGUCUCAAUAAUUGAUGUAAUAAAAGUCAUGCACUAGCGAGGCUGGCUUUCCUUGUGCCAGUUUUCAGCAACCUUUACUGAAAUAUCUUAUGGUGGGGACUUCUUGGAAUGGAAGAUUCAUAUUAAAGAUCAAAUUUACAUUUGUAUGCCAAGUGCACAUAUAGCAAGAGCUUGGUGUGUUGCAGUGCCAUUGAAAAAAAAGUGCAUAAUUAUGUGGAUAACUAGAUGAGGUAUUUCCAUUGUGAUCCAGAUGACCAGUGCUGCUCCUCAUACACUAAAAUUCUGUGUUCAGGAUCUAGUUGUGUAAAGUCUCAAGAUUAUGAUGGACCAUGUUGUGUGACAGUCUGCAGCUCAAUAUUUAUAUUAGAUGGGAGUUCUGAGUUCUGUACAUGUGUUCUGAAAGGUGACACAGACAUGGCUGCCUGGUUGGCUACAGUCCUGAGCAGCUGGCAGCUUUGGGGUGACUGUUAGCCUGACUGGCAGAGAUGAGUGGCAGAGGGCGUGUUUUCACUUCAUACACAUCUGUCAAAAAAAUAUUCAUAGCAGUAACAAAACACUUAAAAGACUAAGCUGAGAUAUGAAAAAGAACUAAUGUCAAUGUGAAGGUUUUUCAGUCUUCAUUUCGACACAAUGGUUUGUACUCGUGUAAAUGUCAGUCUUCUUUAAAAAUCAACUGAGGAAUUAAUUUGAAUGUUCAAAGAAAAAUAUAUAUACAAAAGUAAACCCCUGCAAUUGAUCUAAAAAAUCAUUCCAAACUUAUUUUCACAGCAGUAUAAUCAAGCUAAAUUUUUCCCAGCCAAAUUAAUUUUUUCCUGGCAUGAGUCGUGAUUGAAGGGUGUGUGUGAAGCGGCCAACAUGCCCCUCACAGGUAGUUUUGUGCCUCAGAUAGAGGAGUGGGGUAGUCAGUCAGUCCAUUUUGUUCACUGAAUAUCAUAGCUAGGUUGUUCUAUACUGCAGGAAAGGUAACGAGAAUAGAUACCCGACAGCUAAUAGGACGCGCAGCAACAUGGGUGAGUUACUUCGUGAAUGCAAUUUGUACAUAGCAGUUCUAUUUUCAGUCUGGCAUAGUGUUGGCAAGUACUCAGUCGAGGAAUUACGUAUAUUCUAUGAAUCUCGUGCUUUUCCCAUUGAAUUGUUAAUUUAGAUUCAUAGACAAUUAGUUGGUUGAUUGCCUGAGUUGCUUGAAAACUAAUGGAAAAAAAAGCAUACAAAAUACAUGCAAUUAAGGAAAAAAAGACAGCAUGUGCUGGUUAUAAUGACUCACAAUGCCACAAAUUUGUUUUGAAGUGGACGUAACUUGGAAACUUUAGCCUGAAACAAUAUUCUCAGCAAGGGUUAGACAGCUGGCGCCACUCUAAGAGCUCUUUACACUCCUAGCAGUGGUGCCUGUGUGGCUGCGACUCAGUAUUAACCUUUGAGAGGACUUAUUGUCUGCAUCAGUUGACUUAAUUCAUCACACGGUACUCGGCACUCUGUAUCAGUUCAUCCUUGUGCCUGUGUUUGUGCUGCAUGGGCAAAACCUGCAUGGCAUUACCAGGCUCCAACAUUUUGUACAUUGUGUGCCUUGACCUAGUUUAUACAUAUAUACCUUGUUUUCUACUGCUGUCACAAAGAUCUGGCUAACGAGGUGAUGUCAACUGUGCAAACCAGCAAGCGAGUCGGGCAAGUGCACCGCGCGUUUCAGGUGGUGCCGCCCUGGCUUGGCUCAAAACUCAGUGGUGCCUGUGGAAGUGGCUUGAAUCAUCCACCAAAAUAGUACAUCUGAAGAAAGAGAACAACAGGAAACAAUGCCAUUUCAUACUUCUAAGCAUAAAUACAAAGUGUCACAUGUUUCAUCAAGUUGUUGUUGCUUAGACGGAAUCUAGAAGCCUUUGCAAGUGGGUCUUGUGUUCCUACUUACUGGUGUUGCCUGAGAGGUGUGUGAGGUAGUCAUGAACGCCACUCCUUCACGACAUCAUCUUUAGUUCGGUGUAAGUCGUGGUCAAACCACAACCUCAUAAUCACUGUAUAGACACUUGAACCACCAGUUACUAGUGAAGACAUUUAUUGUUUUAAGUUUGAAAACAUCUGUACAGUUCUUUUAUAAAAUUAUUUUAUUUUACCAAUAUGGAAAAAUAGCUUUUUCUCAUAUAUAUCAUAAUUAUGUUGACUCAGCAUAACUCUGUGAUUUUCAGAACUUUUUGACAGGCUUGUAUGUUUCUGCAGUAGUGUUUGCCACACUGCUUUCUGUACUGGUAAGUUGUCCACGGAAGUGAAUUGAUGUUGUCCGUCUGGCUCUGUUGUGUCCCGGCAGUAGGGUGUGCCGGGCAGGAUGUGGCCAGAGCCUCCUUGUACCAAAAUUGGUGGUGUGAUGUGCUCCCAAAGUGCUUGUCAAGAAGUUCUGGUGUAUAGUUUUAGAGUAUUAAAGUGCUCUGGUUCAAUUAAAAGGAUCAAUGAGAUUUCAUUAAAUUGUAGUGAUAUUAUUGUGCUUACCUGCCUUGAGAAUAGUGGUUGGCCGUUGUGUGGCAGUGGUAGGGAGUGUAUCUAUGGCUGAUGCUUCAACUUUGGUAUGUUUUAUACAGGGAUAAACAAUUCUGGAUCACAGUUAACAUGAGUGAAUGGGGUUAUUAUACAUUUACUGAGGCAUAGCAGGAAGCUACUCUACCAACCACUUUUUAUUUCACAAACAUAUGUAAAUACAGAAAAAAAAUAUAUAGAUAUUAUAUAGUGUGAAUUUUCUUAGGAAUUACAAUGAAUGAAAAAAAUGAAAUGUGUCUUGAGCUUCCUCCAUGAUUGCAUGAGUUGCUUGAAAUUUUAAUACUGUUUUUUUUCUCUUGUGGUCUGUAAAAGCUGGAGUGAAGGUGUGUACAAGGUGCCACUCAGGCUCUGUGGCACACGCUCCCUCACGGGCAUGUGGCACAUGUCCGUCACCUGGCCACAGAAGGCUUGCUGGCCAUGUGUUGCUGUGGAGAGCUUGAUGUACCCUGUGGUGUACGGUUGACAGUUGUGCGCAGCCUUGCAUUCAGUGCAGGGAAUGAUCUACCCUGGAGAAUGACAUUGAGGUAUAAAGAAGUACAGCAGAUAUUUUUUCUUUCUUUUUCUUCAUGUUAGUAUUUGAUAAACAUUGUUUUUGAACAAUAAUAGUUACUGUAAACAAUAUAGUUUGCUUAUAUUCUAUUCACUACCCAUUAAUACCUUCAAAUGUAAUAACUUUUGUUGUAAUUAGUUCAGUAAAUAGUUGUUUUCUGUAUUUUCGAAGUGGAAGUAAACAAGUAUUCUUGCUUUGAUAAAAGUACAAUUUUAUACCUCAGGUCAAUCUCCCUGAGUAUUUUUCCCCUGAACUGGACAGGGGCGUAUUAUUUGCAAACCUACCCUAUAAGAGAGUGUAGUAACACAAGAAAGGAACAUAACAUCCAACAAGACCAAUGACAGUGUUAGUGUUUAUUAAGUACUAGUUACCUUAGUCCUUGUUUUCCAGUGUACUGUAUACUACAGGGAAAAUAAUAGUUUGUUAUUGCAAGCUCAGAAUCACUUUCUAGUUUCACGUUAUGUACAGCGCAUAUCACAUAGUGUAAAGAGGAGGAACAGUACCAUAAACAUUUUGUAUGCACUUUAUAAAGUUUUUGUAUCAGCUUACCGUAUGGCAUGAGGUUAAUUUUUGUGCUUGUUGUCAUGAUUCAGAGGCAGAGUUCACCAAUGCCGCAGUAGUCGUCUCUCCCUGUGUGUUGCCAUGAGUUGAGCUUAGAGUGUCACUAUCAACACCCCAUCUCAGUAACACGUGUCUGCCAGUUUGCACACACACAGGCGGCACUUACAUCACGAAAAAUGCUAUUCUGCAAACUAAACUGAGGUAUAAGAUUCACCUGUUGUCAAAAUAAGAACAUUGCCAAUCAUUAUUCUGACAAUAGUGAAUUUUCAUAUGAGUAGUUUGGACUGGUGCAUACAAACUGACAAACACACCCUAACAACAUCCCAUCUUGCGUAAACGGGCACUGCAGGAACCGCCAUCGCCAAGGGGACUAUUUCACCUUGUUUUUGUUCAUUAGUUUUUGUGUACGUUUGACAUGUGGGCGCGUUGGUCUGGUGGAUCAGAGCGUCAAGUCACGGAAGUGCAGAGCCAAGGCAGGAAAGUUUUAACCUCAGUGACGCCUUGCGAACAGGUUUCACUCAAUGGGCAAGCUUCCGAGUGACUCCCUGUUACUAGUAGACUACCAUGAGUCAGUGCUGAGACCCGGACUUUUUAUUAUUGUCAUACGUGAUUUACAAAUAAAAAAAUAAAAUCGCCAGGCCCAGGGCAAAAAAGUUCUAAUGAUCUUAAUGGUGUGUGAACAAGUUUUACUCAAUGGGUAAACUCCCAAGCAGUUCCCUGCCUAGAAGUAGAAAUAAAAUCCACCCUUUCUAAAUUUGUUGAUGACACUAAAGUGAGUAAGAAGGUCCUCAUGGUGGCUGACAGAAAUUAUCCAAAAUGACUAACCAGAUUGUUGUCUAAAAAGUGGCAAAUAUCCUUUGACCUUGGGCCCAUAAAUAUCAACCAUAAGAUUCAACAUGCAAAGGAAGCUUCUUGAGUAGGAGGCGUAAGCUUGAGAGGCGCAGAUGCAAGGUGGGGUCUGCAGAGCCAUUGCCAAGAUGUCCCUCCCUCCAGCUCUGCCCUGCUGUUGUUCAUUUUUACUCUCCAGCCCCACUGAGGUUUAGGUCAGUAUUCUCAGAUGCUUCUGCCUCUCACAUCAACUAUUUCCAAAGGCUAAAAUGGAGAUUAAUUGUGAUCUCUUGAGUGUUUUUUUCAUGUUCAUGGUACAGAAUCUUUGUCAAUAUCACCUGGGUCAUAAAAGUACCCAUGGAAAUGCCCUCAGCUCCUUUCAAAGCCAUUUCGAAUGUGUGUGCUUGGGCGCCACAAUGUUUUAAGAAUAUUAACCCUUUCUCGUCUGGGCCGUCUGUGAGAACACUUUUCUCGCGACCCACGCUGGCUGGAAUUUCAACCAGUUGCAUAGAGAUGUUUUACUUCUAAUGCUCAUAGCAAAAACUUUUCAUCAUAAAAAGCUCAUUUAGGUGUCCUUUUAAGGCUAGUAAUUAUGUCAUCUUUUGCAAUAGCCAGAACUGAAAAAUCUACAAGGUAUAAUGCCAAAACUGUAAGUUGAAUUUAGCAAACUGGCAAAAUUUUUAUACGUUACUCAAAACAAACUCUGCCCUCUCAAAAAUUAUUCAACUUUGAAAAUUUCCAAUAAAUAUUUAGGAAUAUGAGAAGAAAUAUGAACACUUCCUCGGAUAGGUCACAUAUGCAUUACUCCUCAUGAUGGAAACAAAUGCUACACUAAAUUCUUCAUUGUCCCACAAUCUGCCUGCCACCUUCACUCUGACCCCAUGAGGACAAGCUACAAGUAUCAAGCAAGCUAUACACUUGGUUCGUCAUACAACAUUUUACAACUGGAGAUAUUUUAUUUUUAUUAUUUAAGAAAACUUUUCUGGAUGACGAUGAAAGUCGUCAUCCUGACGUCUGCAUCAAAAGAUCCCAUGACGAGGAAAGUUGCAUUGGAACAAGAAAGCAUUUCAAGGGCAAAAACAAAAAGUAAAACAACAAAGAAAGCCUGCUAAGCACUGCUCCUAGAAAAGUAAACACAAACGUGGCCAGGAGAGAGUUAAGUUUAAGCCCUUGUUUUUAUUUUUCUGUUGUAUUUUCCAAAGUACUAAUUAGAACAGUGCAGACAGGCUGACGGACGUGCUGUAGCGAUGGUGACCUGCAGUGCUUCUCUCCAUACUGAAUUAUUUCCUUUUGUUUGAAGAUUGUAGUUAACACUGUACAUAAGGGAGCAAGUUAAGGGUACAGAGUAAGACAUUUUGGGAGAGUUUGUUGGUUUAUCUUCUUUCAUCUUGUAAGUACGUAAAUGAGGUUUAAUUUACUCCUUUUGUUAAGGGUGUGUGAAGUGAAGUUAUUGAUGUUACGUAGUGUGCCCUUCAUGCUCAUACAAUCAUACGUUCAUGACACACUAAACACAUACACUACCAAAUGAAGACAUUCAGAAAUUAGUCAUCUUAGUAAGUUAACAUUGAACACUUGACUGAUAAAGAUAUUGUACUUUUCUAACUUUUUAAUUAUUUACGUAAAUGAUGAUUAUUCUUGUCCGAUAAUUAUUUAUGUAACAGUCAUACACACACACACACACACACACACACACAGGCAACUUCAAACUAUCACAGUAUUUCCUUAUCAGCUUGAGGGAUCAGAGAUGUGGCCUUAGUAGGUGUGAUGCGGCUCUGCCAGCCACACCCUGUCACCCUUACUGUAAUGGGGAAAAAUUUCAACUCAUCACAAGUAUUUUGCUUUUUGCCAGCCCUCUGUGCUAUUUGUUACACACACACACACACACACAUACAUAUACACACAUUGUUUUUGGACACACACACAAACACACAAACACUUGCAUUCAACUAUCACACUAGCACACAAAAAUAUCCAUUCAUCUAUCAUAGACACACUCACUCACCCACACAUUCACUCACUCACUCGCAGACUCAUAAAACAAACAGCAGCUUUCACUAUUAGGCAAAAAAAGAAUUAAAUUAGGCUCACCAUACAGGGAAAGAAAAUACAAAACAACAAAAAAAAAGCUCAUUGUCCAUUUGAAGAUGUUACGUUGUCAUGCCAAUUUCGUGGUUAUGUUAGCCAAGCGAUAUGUUGAGUUAAAAAAAAAAAUGUAAACCUAUAUUUCUUGUCAACCGUUUACCCCACUUCUCCUCCUCCUCCUCCUCUUCAUUGCCUUUCUCAAAUUCACCUAAUUCUGAUAUAUUCCUCAUAGUAUUUUUCUUCUAAUAUUACCAAUCUAUUUCUUGCCAACCUUUUUUCCCCACUCCUGCUUCUCUCUCCCCUUCCUCUGCCUUCUUUUCAUAAUCAUCACUGCCUUUCUCAUACUCAUAUAAUCCUAAUGUAUUCCUCAUAAUAUUUUUUUUCUAAUGUUACCAACCUGUAUUUCUUCUCAACCCUUUACCUCACUCCUGCUUCUUCUCUUCCUCAUCUUUUUCUUCCUCUUCCUUCAUCUUCUCAUCAUCAUUGUCUUCCUUAUACUCAUCCAGUCUUAAAUUCCUCACUCUCUUGAAUCUUACAUUACCUGUCCAUUUUUCUCAUAACCCUUUUCCCUUCCUUUCCUUUCCUUUGUAAUACUCAUUUAUCCAUUAUCAGACUCCUUAUUUCUUUAUUUAUUAACCCAAUGCGGGAUUUUCAAAGCUGGUUUUAUGCAGAGGGCAACACUAGUUAUUGAUCCCCUUGUGUGGAGUUCAGUCACUUGCUCCAAACAGAGGCCAAUAAAUAUACAGUGUUUCUUAGUGUGUGUGGUGUUAGAUUGUUUAUGAUUUAGUUUCCCAUCCAUACAGUCUUGAUACAUCCACAUCACAGCCUUACAACCCUGUUUAUACUCAGUUUUAUACUCUACAUCCUCUCCCUUUGUUAUAUAUUAUCUACACCCCUUUCCUCUCAUUUUGAUAUGUUUUUCUUGUUUCCACUAAUCUUUGCUCCAUAUCUUCUUUCUCGUACAUCCUGUUUUUUUAUCAUUCCCUUCCUGUAUUCCAUUUUAUCUCACUGCCUUCUGCUUUCCUUUGUUCUUUCAUAUACACACACACACAUACUACCUCCUCUUGUAUCUUUUAUCACCUCUAUUCUACUCCACAUUCACACAUAUAUUCUCCUGCCACUCCUUAAUUACUCCUAUCUCUUACACAUCCAUAUCCUCCUCCUCCUCCUCCCACACCCUACCACAUCCCUCUCAACCCCUGCCCCCUCCUCUCACUCCUUUUCUAGUCGGCCGCCCAUGAAAUAACAUUAAUAUUAACUGUAAACUAAACUAACCGAGUAACUAACCUAACCUACUUCGGAUCAUGAAUUGCUGUUCGGUCCACACACAUUAUGCUGUUACUGUGCUGGGCUGAGCCAAUACCACCAGCACCCCAGCUAACAGGCCCUCCCAGCAGUGCCAGAGCCAGUGGUGUGUGCAUGUGGUUGUGGUAAUACAGUGUGUGAACGUGUGUACAUAUUACCGAGAAAUAUAUUAGUCAACUUUA